AUGGGGUUAAAUGUAUUUGAAGAUGUCGACGAAGAAAAUAUGAGCAAGUGGCUGAAGAGCGAAGCUUGUGAACCCGGCUUCCGGUAUGUGAGCGGUACUGAAAUUGUGACCGAUGCACGACGACAGAACGGAGGAGACGACAGUGGAAGUGAAAGUGGGCACGAAGAUAGUGACCUUGUCAGCCAUUCUGUAGCUGGGAAACCAGUGAGACCCAAAAACUUUGACUGUCCUAGACCUUUCACGACUGGGAACAGCUCCUGUAGGAGACCGGACCUUACCACAGAAAUAGAAAACCACACAAGUAGCCCCCCUGCCGACCUAGUCGCUUCCUGUCAAACUUCACAGCUGUCGAAGAGUUUUGCGUCCACGACUCCCGCGAGCUGCGGUAGGAGCUCCGUACGCGUUGCGUCCACCCCGAGCUUAGCACUCGCCUCGCCCUCCUCUCCCGUCACCGGUCCGAAGUCGCCGACCGCUACCUCCGGCACUGAAUUUGCCGACCGGCCGGGUACAAAUUCUUCUGGGCAGUCGUUGGCAAUCGCGGGGAGCAGUCGUUCGGAGAAGUCCCCGUCUAAAAGCCCGUUAAAGAGAGGGUUGAAAAAUUUCUUCGGUCUCAAACUGGGUAAGGAGGGAUGGAGAGCUAAGGCUCCGCAGAAAGCUCCGGCAAUAGAAAAAGCUCCGGCGAUAGAGCGAGCCCCUGACGUCGGAAUCGGUGUCCUUCAGGACGGCAGAAAGUAUUCCUUCGACAGCAUCUCGAGUGAAUCUACCGGCUCCUCCCUGGUGUCGACACCUACCGGGAAGUUCACAUUCGAUUGGUCCUUGACACAGAAGGGAUCUCUCGAAUCUGCGACGUCACGGCAAUCUGCGGAGGGUAAGCUCCGGCGAGUAGGUGGCUCGCUGGACAGCGUCUCGUCGGACAGGAGUGCUACGAGUGCGGGCAGAGAUCGCGAUCUGCAUCCGGGGACCGGUACGGCCGAAGGGUUACCCCCUCGAGCUCUUACUCGAAACCGGAAUAAAGACGGUAACGGGAAAAUUGCCCCACUGGAGCACGAGCAGAGUAGUUCUUUUGAGGAGGGAGGCAUCCCGUACUGUGUGUCUCCCACGGGAACUGAGGUAAAUAAUGUACGUCUCGAGCAAAUGAAAUCCCUCGAAGGCGAAGUUGGAAAGUUUGCGAGGUCAGGCAUAGAAAGUUCAGCCGAGAGAACUCCCUGUGUGGACAGUUCAGGUAGAGGUAAUGUGCUGGAGAAAAUGGCACGUUCGUCUCUUAGCGAAUCUUGUACCGAAGACGAGAGCGAUACGGCUGCACGAAACUUGAAGCGAGUAGCUCCCACGGUGAACCCUCCCGUGAUUAAAAUUGAGAGGAAUGCUGCUGCGAAAAAUACGGGCAGAGCAGGUGCCUUAAUGAAGUUCAUAAGCAGCUCGUUCAGUGACUCGAGCUUCGACGAGCCGACGGAGGUGAGUCGGAUCCGUAGAACUUCGGAGAGGGACGGCAAAGUGGAAGUGCUGAGUCGGUACUGUCGUCCUGUGGCUCUCGGAAGCGGGAAGCCGGUAACGAGUGUCGAAGGUGUCCGGAGCACGGCUACGAGUGCGGGGCUCGGUUUGAAGUCUCCCGAAUCGGCGAUUGGGAAGGACCCACAGAAGAGCUUGAGGGAAUCCUUUAAUCAACAUUUGGCCAAGAGGGAGUCGUUCAACCAGAAGCUGAUGCAGAGUGAGGCAUUCGGAAUUGCGACAGCCGGAGACACGUCUGAUGGUGACGGUGCGUCAGAUGCCAGUCUCGACUCGCCGGACGGUACGGGGGAGUCGCUGCGUUUCGGGCGGGAUGACGGUUGGUCUGCGAAACCUAGGAGCAAAUCUCCACACAGAGCGGUGAGGGUAGAGGGGUCGGCCAGAGUAACGGGGAGUGUGGAUCCUUGUGGAUCCGUACAGGAGAAAGGGACUGGAGCUUCGACGCAGGAGUCUAGCCCGUCGCCGCCCCCGCCGCCUCUGCCGUCGACUGCUCCCCCGGUCUCGUGCCCUUCGGGUGCUGUCGGGACUGCGGUUGCCACCAAGGUCAGCAUAUUCACUCCGCCACCACCUGACGUACGUCUCAACCGUGGCGAAUCGGCAGAAUCGUGGAACAUGUUUUUGCAACAACUGGACGAGAUAUUGGAGAGGCAUGCCGAGUUUGUGUAA